CACAGCAGUCGAGCAGAGGCAGGGCGGAGUGGCCUCUGGCACGCCGUGGCCAUAUCAAUAUAGUAGUGCUAGCGCUAGGGGUAGUGUAUGCCAUGGUAGAGUGGUAGUGGCAGUGGCACCACCACUGAUACGCCUAUAGUAUCCCAAUCCCCAAUCCACCGUCUCCGGCUCACCGGCUGGCCUUUCUUCCUCCCUGCACUGCACCCGACGAGAGCGGUGCGUGUGUGUGUGCUGUAUGGCCGGACGACGGGGACACUAGUGCCUACUCCCUGCUGCAGUGCUGCGUCUGCGUGCGCGCGUGCGGACCUAAAACGCGUCCUUUACGCUGGAGUAAAGAGCCUCGCCACCUGCCCUGCUAUCUGCUCUGCUUGCUCCACCAGCAAGUCAACAAGAGCCAGCGCCGGGCGCGGACCCGGCCGGCCCUCGCGUCGUCGCUUCGGUUCGGUUUCGGCUCAGCUGCCGAGGCUCCUCGCCGUGGAAUCAGCAGCGCCAUGAGCAGGGAGCAGCCGUCGCCGGCGCCGGCGCAGCGGCGGUUCAUCGCCAUCCCCUCCUUCUCCUCCUCCGGCUGCCGCUCCCACUCCAGCGUCGACGUUGUCGACACCGCGCGCCACGCCGGCAACGGCAAGAAGCCCCACCCGCAAGGGGCUGAAACAGGGGCGGUGCCAGGCGGCGCGUCGGCGGGGGGCAAGGGGGAGUCGCUGGUGGCGCGGCUCCUGCGCGGUUUCAAGAACCUGUCCCAGAUCUUCGCGGUGUACGAGGACGAGGAGGAGGAGGAGGAGCGGGAGAUGGUGAUCGGGCUCCCCACGGACGUGAAGCACGUGGCCCACAUCGGAUGGGACGGCAGCACCAGCACCACCAGCAGCCUCCGCUCCUGGAACCGCGCCGCGCCGCCUCCACCGGCCUCGUCGUCGUCGUCCGCGCCCGCCGCCGCGGCGCCCAAGGAGCAGGAGCAGUACCCGCUGCCCCUGCCGGCGCUGUCCAUGCAGCAGUUCGAGCUCGCCAUGGCCGCCCAGGCCGGCGGAGGCGGAGGCGGGGCUGCCCACCGGCGUCACAGCUAGCGUGAGGCAGAGAGUUGGUGGGGGUCGUCGUCGUCAGUCAGACUCAGACAGCAGGCGUCAGUCACAGGCCGUCGUCCGUUUCUGCCGCCCCACUGUGUCUCCCAUGUGGAGUGGAGAGAAAAAGAAGGGUGGGGGCCGGCGGGCGGACGGACGGACGGCGCGAGCGCCUGGCGGCGCUGUCCGCCUGUCCUCUACCUCCCGUCCGUCCGUCCGUCCGUGCUGGUCGUCGG